GCAGAUUGUAACUGUUGGAGGAUUACCUGCACACUGCUGGGUUUUACUCUCUCCCACAGGCCAUCUUUCUCCAGUUUCUCUGGUAUUUAGGCACCAGUUUAAGGACCAUGGGUCUGCUGGACAUCUUCUCGUCCAUCAAAAACCGAAUGGACAAGUUUCUGUCUGAGAAGAACAUGGUGACCGAGUUUUUGGGGACGUUGGAGGAGAAAACAGGGAUAAAGAAGAAGAUCAUUGUAGUGGGUGCCGCCUCACUGACAGGACUCUACCUGAUGUAUGGAUACGGUGCCGCCCUCGUCUGCAACAUGAUUGGUUUCGUCUAUCCAGCAUAUUAUUCAAUCAAAGCCCUUGAAAGUCUAAGCAAAGAAGACGACACAAAAUGGCUGACGUACUGGGUGGUUUAUGGUGUCUUCAGCCUCGGAGAAUUCUUCUCCGAUAUUUUCCUCUAUUGGUUCCCAUUCUACUACGCUUUUAAGUGUCUUUUCCUGCUGUGGUGCAUGGCUCCUAUUUCGUGGAACGGCUCCCAGGUAAUCUACAACAAAGUGGUUCGCCCCAUCUUCCUCCGCUACGAGGCCACGGUGGACGACAUGGUGAAUGACAUUGGUGGGAGGGCCAUGAGUGCUGCUGAGGACGUCACCAGAGAAGUCCUGUGCACUCUGAUGAAGAAUAAAGCUGUGGUAGCUCCGUCUGCCGCUCAUCCUGAAACCAGAAGUUUACCGAGUUCAUCAACAGCUGCAGUAGCUCCUACAGAGUCAAAAGAAGAACAACCACUUUUCCUUGGUUAACAGUUCGUCCUUCAGAUAGCAGCAGAAAAAGAGGAGCAGAGGGCCAAGAUGUGUCGGUUCCCCCUCACAGAUCCCUGUCAAGGAGACGGAUUUCCUUUUUAUAUGAGAUAUGUUAUAUUUAUAUACAAAUCUUUAUUGCAAAAACUCUGCGAUCAGACUCUGACUUUACAACAAUGUUGUGAUUUUUUAAAAUUGAAUUUAUUUAUAUUAAUGGCUUUUGGCAGGCAGUUGAAUGAUUUGUAUUGACACAAAGCACCUGAAUGCAACACCUUUACAGUAACAAUUACAGCAGCUUAAGCAGCAGAUGUAGAACCAUUUUAUACAGUGAAUGGCAGAGAGACGUUAGCAUUGGCUCCUACAGGCACAGACGGUAACAGCUGCCAAUAUUUUAAAACCUGUCUCUUAUAGUAACUGUUCAUUUGUACUUUUCUUUUUGUUUACCAUUUAACACCAUUUAAAAAACUGCAGCUGAAAUACUUCUCUCCCAGGUGGAAGUAAGAUUGCUUUAUGUAUAGAGACUUUAACACCUGCAGGUGGAAAUGUUCUUUUGGUCCUGGCUUUGGGUGCUUUGCAUCCGUGACACUGUGUGUCCUACUUAUGUUUUUAUUGCACAUAUUUAUAUAUAUAUACAUAUUAUGUCGGUUGUGUUGUGUUCAUAAAUAUAAACGAGUUUCUGACCAUGAUAAUACAAUUAAUAAAAAGGGCUUCUAUGAAAGUAACUUAAGUAUUGACUCUCUCUUUCACAUUCAAUUCUACCCAUAGGCCAGAGCAAAACUGCAGUGCUCAUUGUAUGUUAGGCUUAAUGAAUUCAGUUUGCAAACCAGCAGUAGCAGCACAGCUCAGACUGUAGGAAAAGUCAUUUGUUUUGCAGCAAUUGUUCA